UGAAAACUGGGCCUGCUUCCUUGUCUCCGCUGCGAAAUUUUUCGUCGGCCCCCCCUUGGAAGCCCCAGACCCCCAGUCGGCUGCAGAAUAUAUUCUCGCGACUUCUUCCUCUUCCCCUCGUAGCAGAGCUUGGUCUUUUCUCUCCAUCUCCACUCCUCUCUUUUUACAGCAAGGAAAGGAAUAUCACAAUGGCGGAGCAACAGAAGGUCUUGGGCAUGCCGCCCUUCGUGGCGGACUUCUUGAUGGGUGGUGUCUCUGCCGCCGUCUCGAAGACUGCUGCCGCUCCCAUUGAGCGUAUCAAGCUCCUCGUCCAGAACCAGGAUGAGAUGAUCCGUGCCGGCCGUCUCGACCGCCGCUACAACGGUAUCAUCGACUGCUUCAAGCGCACCACCGCCGAUGAGGGUGUCAUGGCCUUGUGGCGUGGCAACACCGCCAACGUCAUCCGUUACUUCCCUACCCAGGCCCUGAACUUCGCUUUCCGUGACAAGUUCAAGAAGAUGUUCGGCUACAAGAAGGACGUCGAUGGCUACUGGAAGUGGAUGGCCGGUAACCUUGCCUCCGGUGGUGCUGCUGGUGCCACUUCCCUCCUCUUCGUCUACUCCCUCGACUACGCCCGUACCCGUCUCGCCAACGACGCCAAGUCCGCCAAGAAGGGUGGUGAGCGUCAGUUCAACGGUCUCGUCGAUGUCUACCGCAAGACCAUCGCUUCCGAUGGUAUUGCCGGUCUCUACCGUGGUUUCGGUCCCUCCGUCGCUGGUAUCGUCGUCUACCGUGGUCUCUACUUCGGUCUCUACGACUCCAUCAAGCCCGUCCUCCUCGUCGGUGACCUCAAGAACAACUUCCUUGCCUCUUUCGCUCUCGGCUGGUGCGUCACCACCGCCGCUGGUAUCGCCUCUUACCCUCUUGACACCAUCCGUCGUCGCAUGAUGAUGACCUCCGGUGAGGCCGUCAAGUACAAGUCUUCCUUCGAUGCCGCUUCCCAGAUCGUUGCCAAGGAGGGUGUCAAGUCUCUCUUCAAGGGUGCUGGUGCCAACAUUCUCCGUGGUGUCGCCGGUGCUGGUGUCCUCUCCAUCUACGACCAGCUCCAGGUCCUCCUCUUCGGCAAGGCCUUCAAGGGUGGUUCCGGUUAAAUUUCCCAACCUCAAUGUGCUAAACUUUGAAGUUGAGGAGAUGACCCUUUUUGGGGAUGGAGAUCAAACCGUUUCUCUUCGGGAUCUAUCUCUGACGGAGGGUUUCGAAAAGGUUCCGACGAUGGACUCAAGCGUUGAGCCAUUGUCCGGUUGAGGAGGAGGUUUCGCGGGCUAUAUACCAAUUCCCCGCUGUAAUACAAGAUCCUUAGCUGUUUCCCCAUGUGUAUUCUCCUUUGCCUUUGGCAACAUCAUCUUUCCGCCGUUUCCUUUGCAUGCGUCUCUUAGAUCCCCUUUGACGAUAGGUAGUUUGGCGAAUUCAUGGGUUUCCUUUCCGAACUUCGUUUAUCAAGUCAGUGAAGUGAUUGUG